AUGACUUCUCUCUGCCUCCCAGAUGGUGAAGAGACCAGCAGCGCCAACGCUGGUGUGCUGUUGCGCGCUCACUGGCAAAGAGAUAAGCAAAGGCGCACACAGCGGCGAGAAGUAGAGAAGAGGAGGAGGCGGAGGAGGCGAAUAGCAGGAGGCAGCUUUUAUUUCAAACUGCCACAGAUAAACGAAGACCAUGCAAUGCUGUGCCGCCUUCCCGACUGCUUCGCCUCCUGUUUCAUGAUCCGCGGCUGUUCAACUUUGCCCCGGCGGGAGGUAUGUGAUCAGUUGGAUCCGAUAUGAAUGAGACCGGAGUUCAAACUCCGGCUCCGGAGCCAUGUGAGCAGCAAAUGAUGCUGGAGGACUGUGGGAACUGUAGCACCAGUUCUAGCAGGAACUUGUCUUUACACUGCUGGCUGCAACUGCUCACCAGGGAGUCGAGCACGGAAUUCCAAGGAGACGGCUCCAGCCUUGUGGUACGUGUGAUGAUCGCUUGCGUCUACUCGGUCGUCUGCGCGCUGGGGUUGGUGGGGAACGUGCUGGCGCUGUAUCUGCUGCACUCGCGUUACAGGCAGAAGCAAUCGUCCAUCAACUGCUUCGUGAUGGGGUUGGCGAUCACCGAUCUGCAGUUCGUCCUGACUCUGCCCUUCUGGGCAGUGGACACGGCACUGGAUUUCCGUUGGCCGUUCGGCCGAGUCAUGUGCAAAAUCGUCAGCUCCGUGACCACCAUGAACAUGUACGCCAGCGUUUUCUUCCUCACGGCCAUGAGCGUGGCACGGUACUAUUCCAUUUCGUCGGCACUUAAGAUGCACAGCAGGAGAGCGGCGGCCACCCGGGCCAAGUGGACCAGCUUAGGCAUCUGGGCCGUGUCUCUGCUGGUCACGUUGCCUCACGCGAUCUACUCCACCACCGCCCAGGUGUCGGAUGAAGAACUUUGCCUGGUGCGCUUUCCGGACACAGCCCACUGGGACCCGCAGCUUCUUUUGGGCUUGUACCAUCUGCAAAAAGUCCUGCUGGGCUUCCUCAUCCCUCUUAUCAUCAUCAGCGUCUGCUACCUUCUUCUCCUGCGUUUUGUCCUCAGCCGUCGCAUUUCAGGAGCCGCCGGCCCGGAGUUGGAACAAGGCCGUCAAAACCGUCGCUCCAAAGUCACCAAAUCGAUCGUCAUCGUGGUUCUGUCCUUCUUUCUGUGCUGGCUUCCCAAUCAGGCACUGACGUUGUGGGGGGUGCUCAUCAAGUUUGACCUAGUGCCCUUCAGCAAGGCUUUCUACAACGUGCAAGCGUACGCAUUCCCGCUGACCGUGUGCCUGGCGCACACCAACAGCUGCCUCAAUCCGGUACUCUACUGCCUGAUCCGCCGCGAGUUCCGAGCGGGUCUCAAGGAGAUUGUCCUGCACACCACGCCGUCCUUCAGGGGUCUGAGUCAUCUGCUGCGGCGCAAAAGCAAAGUGGCAGAGGCGCCACCCGUCAUGGUGCUGGUCCAAAUGGAUGUGUGAGCAGCGGACAGAUGGAUGGAUGAAUAGAUGGCUUGGAGACAGUUUUCCAAGUGGAGGAAGCAACUGCCUUUGUUUAUUUUGCAAAGGAUGGCCUCACCCAAAUCCCGUCAAGACAGCAAAUGCCAACACCUUUAUUUAGAUUCCACUUUGGUGCAAAUAAUCCUCACUCACGCCCUACGCAGCGGGACGUGGCCCACUUUCCGCUUCCCCUCCAAGACUUUGUGCUGUUAUAUAAUCACUUCGACUUUUUCUCACCCUGUCUAUAUGUCCCUCUGUGAUCGACACUGCUGGUGAUGC